CGCAUGCGCGAAAAACCGGGUAACAUCUGCCUACCUGUUCUCAGUGAAGUAUUAGCUUCACAGAUUGCGACACGAACAAACUUUCUGUUCGUUACUCUUUAUUGUUUUGUACGUAUAGUGAAGUUUAAGUAAAAGUUUUUAGCUGGUAUAUAUAUAUAAUGGCAGGAAUAUUGUGCGAUCAUAAAGACCUUAGCUCUAAAAGAAAAUCGUAUAUUGAUUGGGAUGAAUAUUUCAUGGCUAUAGCAUUUCUUUCUGCAAAGCGGAGUAAAGAUCCUUGUACACAAGUCGGUGCAUGUAUUGUUAAUAAUGAUAAAAGAAUUGUUGGUAUUGGCUACAAUGGAAUGCCCAAGGGAUGCGACGACGAUAAAUUUCCUUGGAAAAAGGGUCCUCAUACCAGUUUAGAUGCAAAAUUUCUCUAUGUAUGUCAUGCAGAAGUUAAUGCUGUUCUAAACAAAAAUUCAAGUGAUGUUAAAGAUUGUACAAUAUACGUUGCUUUAUUUCCUUGUAAUGAGUGUGCGAAAGUUAUAAUACAAUCUGGCAUAAAAACAGUCAUAUACAUGUCUGAUAAAUAUGCUUACAAAGUUGAAACAGUAGCUGCAAAGAAAAUGUUUGAUGCUGCUGGUAUACAAUAUAGACAAUACAUCCCAAAAAAUCAAAAGAUAGAAAUUAAUUUCAGUGAUAUUGACUGGACUGAGAUGAAUCAAUUACCACAAUCUCCAAUUAAGCAAAAUUAAAAAAAGAGUAAAAUCAUUCUUAAUUACUAUUCUAUUUUAUAUGAAUAGUUCUAAUUUGAUUUUAUCUUUCUUUUAAUUUUAUCGUAAAUAAUUGUCUCUCAUUUAAGUGGACCAUAUUAUAGAUACAAAAAUGUAUUAGUUUUUUAUAAUUGCAAGCUAAAAAGUAAAUAA